AGAAAUAAGUUAAAAAUACAAAACUGAAUAUCCGAAGGUUUCAAAAAAAAUGGGUGCCUGCAAAGCAUCCAUUCUCAAUCUUCUCUCCUCGACUCCAAACCCUUCUAAUCCUAAAACCCUCCAGAGAGCAAAUCCUAAUGGGGCCUUAAAAGAUUUCUCUUCUAUUUCGUCAAAGAGGCGUUUGCUGCUCUUCUCUCUUCCCAUUUCUUCCACUCUUCUUAUCCUUCCCAUUAUAAAUCAACCCGGCUCUUGCUCUGCUCUUCCCAACUUCGACCCAGUGAGCCCAGCUGAGAGAGAUGCCAGCGAUGCCCUUUCUGAACGAGUCUCUAACGCCAUUGAAUUGCUUGAGAAGGGUAAAGAGUUGCAGGCUCAGGGAGACUUCAAUCAUGCUUUGGAAUAUUUUUCUCAGGUGGUCAAAGAGUACAAAGAUUUUGCAUUCUCAGACUAUGCAAGAGUGGGAAGAGCAUUGGCCUUGUAUGAGGUUGGCGAUAGAGAAGAAGCAAUUGCAGAGAUGGAAGAUGUUUCUAUAUCUCUAAAAGGAUAUCCAGAAGUUCAUGCCGCUUUAGCUGCAGCCUUGUAUGUGGACAAGCAUGCUCCUUUGCUGGCUGAAAACCAGUUUGCGAUUGCCACUCUGCUUGAUCCUCACUAUACAGAUCUCUCUUAUGUAAGAGAAACAAAGCAUUGGCCGCCAAGUCUGGUCAGUUCCUUGCAACUUUUCAUCACCCUUUCCUAGGGAUUCUCUGUAUAUCAUAUUAGAAUACAUGUUCUAUACCAAACAGGUUCCUCUCAACCAAUGCUAAAUGAUGAACCUCUGUUCUUCAUUUCUGGCACUUUUUUGUCAUGUGUGUCAACCAGUUAAGUGUUACCUUGCACAAAUCAUAAUUAUAACAUUUAAAGAUAUUUGUAAAAUAUAAUGGCAGUUGUGGAAUAUAUGAUUCAUUCUUGCUGUUUG